GGAAAUACGUCAUUGUUGUGCGCCAUAAGACUUCACAAAUUGCGUAAACGGGCCGCUCGUGAAAACAACUGCGACGUUUUAAAGCUUUUUUCUUCAAGUUUGGGGUGUUUUCGACGAAAAAGUUCCAGCCAUGGCGAUGCAGGCGGCCAAGCGAGCGAAUAUUCGCUUACCUCCAGAGGUGAACAGGAUCCUGUACAUACGAAACCUUCCCUACAAGAUCACAGCCGAGGAAAUGUACGACAUCUUUGGGAAAUAUGGACCAAUUCGGCAGAUUAGAGUUGGAAACACACCAGAGACCAGGGGAACCGCCUACGUGGUCUAUGAGGACAUCUUUGAUGCUAAGAAUGCCUGUGACCACCUUUCUGGAUUCAACGUUUGCAACAGAUACCUGGUUGUUUUGUACUACAACGCGAACAGAGCAUUCCAGAAAAUGGAUACAAAGAAAAAAGAAGAGCAGCUGAAGCUUCUCAAGGAGAAAUAUGGCAUAAAUACGGAUCCCCCAAAGUAAAACGAUCCCUGUCAUUAUCCCUCUCCUCCCCAGAUGUCCCCUUUUCAACGAGAAUGGAAAAUAAACCUCACCUUUUGUACAGCUAAUUUACCUGAACUUUUAUGUAGUAAACAUUGAGCUAUUAGGACUUUUGUUCCCUGCUAUAAAGCUUUUUAUUUGUACAUGUGAUGUACCACCGGAUGGUUAUUUUGCAUCUUUACUGACUUUUGGAAUUAAAUGGCUGGUAUGUAA